CCUCCCUGUUUUUCUCCCAGCAGCUGCUGACGUCUGACUCUCAUCCCUCCACAUUUCCGCGACCUGCGCGAGCCGCAUCCUGUCUUCCUCCGAACACUGCGCUCUUUUCAUUCAUCCACAGCGCCAUGAACAUUUCCGCCGCAUCUGCACAAGCCACACCCCAUUUUCACAGUCCCGAGUCCAGCUGAAAAAAAGGCCACGCCUCCCUCGUCUGGACUGACCUGGCUGAUCAGGGAACUGGCAGCGACGCCCACCCUGCCCUCUCGAUGAGGGACAAAGCCACCCAGACCCCCAGGGCCUGGGUAGAUGAGCGCAGGAGGGGCUCCCACAAGCGCUCUGCGUCCUGCGGCAGCACCGACCAGCUGAAGGAGAUUGCGAAACUGCGGCAGCAGCUGCAGCGCAGCAAACGCAGCAGUCGCCAUCGACGCGAUAAGGAGCGCAAAUCGCCCUUCAACGGCAACCAUGCGAUUAUCCAAUCACAGUCUCAGAUGCCCAAAACCAUCCUGAUCCCCAUCCCCAUCUCCAAGUCUACUCCUCCUCGCUUCCGCAACAGCAUCGAGGGCCUCAACCAGGAGAUCGAACGCAUCAUCAUACGAGACACGCCGGAACGUGAUGAGGUCAUCAUUCCACAGGACGUUCCCGACGGGCACCGUGCUCCACCGCCCCUCCCCAGACGCAGCAGCAGUACACGCAGCAUCGACACCCAGACACCCUCGGGUAGAAGCCUCGGUGGCAACCGUAGCAACAGCAGCAGCCGGGCGGACUCGGUGUCCCCGUCGUACCUCAGCAUCCUGAACGACGCAAUAGGAAACAGUCCCCUUAACAACGACGACACACUCAACGAGAGCAGAGAACGAGACCUGGGACUGUACUCACCCCUGCCCAAAUACGCGUCCUCUCCCAAACCUAACAACAGCUACAUGUUCAAGCGGGAGCCUCCUGAGGGCUGUGAGAAGGUCAAGGUCUUCGAGGAGAACCAGCCCAGGCCUCUGCAGGAGAUUCCUCCAUACCUGUGCCCAGACAGGAACAAGGUGAACUUCAUUCCUAAGAGCGGCUCGGCCUUUUGCCUCGUCAGCAUCCUGAAGCCGCUGCUGCCCACACAGGAGCUGAGUUUCCGCGGCGGCGUGAGCUACUGCAGCCUGUCUCCCUCCCUCGUCCCUCUCAGCGGGGUCGGCGUCCGCAGUCUGUCUCCGUCCCUCGGCCCCGUCCUCACACGAGGACGCCAGUCCCCCUGUCUCCCACGCCAUCUGGAAGAACCUGAGGGUUAGAAGCGUAGAUCUCCAUCCGUCUCCACGCAUCGUUUCGAAAAAACAGACUCGUUUUGCUCAAAAAUCUCAAAGCUGUAACCGCAUCAGGGCUCGACUUCUGAUCCAAACGAUCCAAAUCACUCGCUGAAACUUGAAUGUCGUCGAAGAUCGUCGAGGUGAUGCUACUGUGUCCUUCCUGUACCGUCAGCCAGGGAUUCGGACGAGGCUGUGAAGUCUUUGACGUGUACAUCUGUAAAGUAGAGAGUGUGUGUGUGUGUUUUGUUUUUAUUUUUUUCUGGUUUUUCUUCGCAGUUGACCAUCAAAGCCUUUCGAAAGCCACGUUUCCGUCUACAUACCGCAUCACUAUUUGAACUUUUUUUUGGAAGAACAUGGGACUAAAAUUGUGUGUGUGUGUGUGUGUGUGUGUGUUAUAAGUAGUUACCAUGCAAAAAGAAAAAAUGUAGCUAAUAGCAGGGACGGACAAAAAAAAAAAAAAAAAAAACGAAUCCCGUGCCUGAUACUCACCGUGAUCUGUAGCAGCGUGAUCUGAAACCCAGCUCUGACCGAACCUCUCCAGGGGUCUCAUUUAUUCAUUUACGAAUUUCUGAAUUUGUAAUAAAAAAAAAAACCUAGCGUUUAAAAAAUCGUCGCAUCGACUCGAGGAAACAUGCCCCGCCCCUAAUUUACCAUAUAUGGUAAACAACUUCCUUUAUUUACUUUACAUUUACAGCAUUUGGCCAACGUCCCUUUUCCAGAGAGCGACUUACAAUUGUAUAAAACUAAAAAGCUAAGGGCCUUGCUCAGGGGCCCAGGCAGCUUGGUGGGGCUGGGAUUUAAACUCAUGCCCUUCUGAUGCAUCAUUCUGAAGUCCAACGCCUUUAACCAGCAGACUGCAGAUGACAUGAAAAUAAAAUAAAAAAAAAAACCUAUUCGGACUUAUUUUUUAUCUCUUACGCCGACCAAACCAAGAUACAUUCGGAGGAAAUUCUGAAGCACACAAUCUCCACAUUCCAUCAGGUGAUGUUGCAGCAGAGGUUUGUUCAAGAUUUCAAGAGAAGAUAAGAUCUGUAUUAAUGCUGAAGGAAUUUUUGCUUCAGAGUGCAAGAAAAAAAUGUAUAUAAAAAAAUUUAAUAAUUUAUUUAAUAUUCUAUAUACAAAUGUAUUCAAAAAUACACACGGUGCUAAAGAACUAUGUGCAUAACAUUCACAGCUAAACCUGGAAAGCUGCUAUAGUGUAAGUGAUAACCGGAAGCAGCUUCUUUUUGACACUUAAACUGAUUAUUAAACGAUUAGGAACAGUAACCGCGGUGACCUGCUGUGGAAUAAAGACAUAAAAAUGAUAAAUGAGACCCCCAGUUCAUGAUUUACUCCACCAUAUAAACACAGAACCCGUGUGCUUUAUAUACGAAGUGCGGGUGAAACAGGAGGUUCUGGUGCUAUGUUUAUUAUACUGUUAUAUAUUGUUGGGGCGUGACGAGAGAAAGAGAGAGAAAUUGAUUGGAUACAAUUCUAGAAAUUCAGUAGAAGAGAAAAAAAAAAAAAACUUUUCCAUACAAAUGUUUAGCUCAAACCUCCUAUUAAUAAUAAGCAAUGUGUGGAAGAUCACCUGGAGGAGUUACUGCGUUUACUUCACUCAUUCUUGUCUUCAAUUAGAGAUAAAAACCUGUAGAAAUGUAGUACAUCAUAAACAACAUACAACGAUUAUAGAAAUAUACGGCGACAGAGCACGCAUUAUAAAAACACAACCAAACAGGAUUCCUUUUUUCUUUAAGAUGUAAAUAGUAAAAAGUCUCAGAAAUAUAUCUUUCCUGACGGAUAGAAGAAUGCUUUCAACCCAGAAGAUGCACUAUAUGGACAAAAGUUUUUGGACAUCUGAGUAUACGAUGUGCUUCUUUUUUAUCAUCUCAUUGCUGUUAUAUGCUUCACCUUUCUUGGAAGAUGUUCCACUAGAUUUUGUGGAGAUUCAUUCUUCCACAAGGGUGUUAGUCAGGUGAGGUCUCAGGUGAGGUGAGGAGGCCUGGGGUGAAGACAGCAUGAAAUGUUCAUCCUGAAGAUCUUCAGAGCUCCAUAGCAGGCCACUCAAGAUCUUCCACUAAAUCCAACCCAUGUAAAGCUUCAUGGAGCUGGCUUUGUGCACAAGGACCCUGUCAUGCAGGAACAGGUGUGGGUCUCCUAGAUGAAGUAAAAAUUUCACGCUACCAAAUGCAUCCAAAGACGUCCUACACAAUGGAAGAACCAGGUACGGCUGAUGCGUCCCAAUACUUUUGCCCUUAUAGUGUAUGUAAGAUUUGUCUGAGAUGAACGUGAACAUGUUGGAUGGAAACUGCACUGGCGCAACCCGAAUACAACGGGAAUAAAGUGAGUUCUUACCGAGAGACUUUAUGCGAAGAACCAUCUCUGGAGGCUUCCUCAGAGGAACCGUAGCAUCUUUAUACUGUAAAUGAAUUCAUGCAUCAUAUACUGUGAAGCUCAUUUUUCUUCCUUUCUUACUUUAGUUAGAGACGAAUAAAAAAAAAUGUGUAAUGCCUUAAAAAAAAAAAAAAAAAAUAUUUCAAAGAAUCGAUUUCGAAAUGGCUGUUUUUAACACUCAAACCAGCCAAAUGGUGUGUGUGUGUGUGUGUGUGUGUGUGUGUGUAAGAGAGAGAGAAUCGUUCUGGGGAUUUUAAGGUACGUCGUAAAACGCCUUCCAUCAGGAAAAUUACUUCCUGAAAAUUUGUAACAAAAAAAAUUAUAAAAAAAAAAAAAAAAAAAAAAAAAAAAAGAAAGAAAAAAUUUAUUAAAACAUCUGGAACAAUCCGGUUAAAUACAAUAAUUUUAUUUAAUUAUAUCGUCUGGUCGGUCGUCACAUGACGAGUACAGUCACUGUAAAGAUCUCAUCUGUCCAUCAUCACAUUGUAAAUCGUUACAUGAUUAUGUUAAUUGCAUAAAAUAAACGGAGUCAAACCCUGGC